AUGUCUGACGACCUCCGCAAACAGAUGCUGGAACGGUUCCUGCACGCCCAGCGCAUCCUCGAACCCGACGCCCCGGACCUGCGCGGCAAACCCACGCAGCCGCCACCGCCGCUGCAACUGCCCGAAUGGAAGGACUACUUUGCGUGCAACGAAACCGUCGAGUUGCCGGCGCGCUCGUUCCGUUUCAACACCUACUACACGGUGCCGUCGCGCGCCGCGGUCGCGGCCGCGCGCACCGUGCCCGUGUUUGUGUUUCACCACGGCGCGGGCUCCUCCGCCCUCACGUUUGCGCCGCUCGCGCGCGAGCUCUCAGCGCGGCUCGACGGCGUGUGCGGUGUGUUUGCGUUCGACGCGCGCGGCCACGGCGACUCGCGCCCGCUCCCACCGUGCGAAACCGUCGACUACGCCCUGGAUGCGUUUGUUGGCGACUUCCACGCGCUGCUCGACCGAUUCCUCGCCUCGCAACUUGCAUCGCUGCCUCGAGAAAAAAUCUCGCUGCUGCUGGUCGGCCACAGUCUCGGUGGCAGCAUCUGCUCGUCGCUGUUCGCGCGGCUGGCGCCGCCAACGCGCGAGCGCGUCGUGGGGCUCGCCAUGUUCGACAUCGUCGAGGAAGCCGCGGUCCUGGCGCUCGACAAAGUCGACACCUUCCUGGCCUCCACGCCCAACUCUUUCCGCAGCAUGCCGGAGGCCGUGGACUGGCACGUGCAGCACGGGCUUUCCAAGACCCGCUCCAGCGCGGCCAUCGCCAUCCCCGCGCUGUUCCGCCAGGCGUCUUCGGGGGAAGUCGUGCGCAAGACCGACCUGCAGAUCUUCAGGCCCUUUUGGAACACUUGGUUCACCGGCCUGUCGCAACGGUUUGUCUCUCUUUCCACCAGCAAGCUCCUGGUAUUGGCCGGCAACGACAAUCUCGACCGGCAAUUGAUCAUCGGCCAAAUGCAGGGCAAAUUCCAGCUGGUGGUGUUCCAGAUGUCGGGGCACUUUAUCCAAGAGGACUACCCUGCGAAAACCGCGCUCACGCUCAUCGAUUUCUGGAGACGCAACGACUCGAAAACCGUGGUGAUAAAGACCAACUGGAAAAAGCACGACGCUUGA